UCGCAGGAUAAGUUGUUUAAAAAAAUGUCUAAAGUCCAAAUGCUGAGAUCUUUUGUCAACCAGAGACUGACUGCAGCUGCUGAGGAGAUAUUUGAGCUGUUAGAGAAAACGAUAGCAGAGUACGAGGAGCGACUUGAUCGAUCUGAAGAGAAUCAGGAUAAAAACAUUGGACUGGAAGAGGAUUUCAGCCGGGACCUCGAGUUACACACAGCAGAAGUCCAGCAGCUGUUGGUGAGAAAAGAAGAGUUUCCCCUUGAGCAGCGAAAUUGGAGCCCCACUCUGGACCAGGAGGACCCGCCAGAACCAUCACACAUUAAAGAGGAACAGGAGGAAAUCUGGAGCAGUCAAGAGGCGGAGCAGCUUCAAGAGCCAGAGGAGGCUGAUGUCAUCAAGUUCACAUUCACGCCUUUCCCAGUGAGGAGUGUAGAAGGUCAUGGAGAGAAAGCUCAGACCUCACCGCUUCAUCAAGUCCAAACGGUAGAGAACGGAGACACAGAGCAUCUGAAAACAGAAGCUGAUGGAGAGAACUCUGCAGGAUCAGAACCAGACAGAAACCAUGACCCAGACAAUCAUUUACAUCCUGCAACUUCAAACUCCUUUGGAUCGAAGACCGACCACAAUAGUUUUCCCUUUGAAGAAAGAAGUGACCCUAAAUCAGGUUUAAACCCUCUGCAAAACAAGGAUGAAGGAGUGAAACCAUUCUGCUGCUCAGUUUGCGGUAAAAGAUAUCCUCAGAAAAGAUCCUUAGCAAAUCAUAUGAGGCUUCAUUCAGAGGGGAAAUUUUUCAGCUGUUCCAUUUGUAAAAAGACUUUCCCAUGGAAAAGAGACGUUUUGACGCAUAUGAGAAUCCACACCGGAGAGAAACCCUUCAGUUGCUCCUUCUGCGGCACAAGGUUCUCUCAAAGCUCCCAUCUAACCUUACACUUAAGAGUUCAUACAGGAGAGAAACCUUUCACCUGCUCGGUGUGCAAUACAAGUUUUAGUGUCAGGAAAAGUUUGGUUGAUCACAUGACAACCCAUACUGGAGAGAAACCCCACAAGUGUUCAGUUUGUGGUAAAAGGUUUGCCCAAAACGGUGCUCUUAGGCGACACCUGGCUGUCCACACAGGGGAGAAACCGUUCAACUGCAGUGUGUGUGAUAAACGAUUCACUCGGCUCGAGCAUGUCAAAAAUCACAAGUGUGCUGGUGAGAGCAGCAAAAAUAAAUGAAGCUGCAGAAAUGCUUGUUGAGCCAAUUGUUGCUCAACACCUAUUAGCCAAACUUUUAGCUUAUCUUUUCAGCUAAGCUAAAGACAUUAUGGUUUUUAAUUAUUCUAUUUGUUUGAAUAUUUUUUGUCAUUGUGUGGACACUGUGUUUUUUUUAUUUUUUUACAAAUACCUGUAUCUGCAUAUUAAACAUUUAUUUUAACCUGUA